GCGGCGUUGCCGCUGCCGCUGGAGAAGGGGCGGAAGCAGGAGCUUACCGGGGAUGGUCCUGGCGGUGGCUCCAGCUCCUGGCGUGGGACGCGCGGCUUGACAGCGGCUCCUUCAGAUUGAAGAUAGCAGUAAUGCUAACGCUGGCAAGCAAACUAAAACGGGAUGAUGGUGUCAAGGGGUCCCGUACAUCCAACCCAGCUUCUGAUUCUACUCGGAGAGUGUCAGUUAGAGAUAAAUUGCUUGUUAAAGAAGUUGCAGAACUUGAAGUAAAUUUACCUUGUACGUGUGAAGUGAACUUCCCUGACCCAAAUAAACUCCAUUAUUUUCUCCUAACAGUAAACCCAGAUGAAGGUUAUUAUCAAAAUGGAACAUUUCAGUUUGAAAUUGAGGUUCCUGAUGCUUAUAAUAUGGUGCCUCCAAAAGUAAAAUGUUUGACUAGAAUCUGGCAUCCAAACAUCACUGAAACAGGGGAAAUUUGUUUAAGUUUAUUGAGAGAACAUUCGAUUGAUGGCACCGGCUGGGCUCCAACUAGAACUUUAAAGGAUGUUGUUUGGGGAUUAAACUCUUUAUUUACUGAUCUCUUGAAUUUUGAUGAUCCUUUGAAUAUUGAAGCUGCAGAACAUCAUUUACGUGACAAGGAGGACUUCCGAACUAAAGUUGAAGAUUACAUUAAGCGCUAUGCAAGAUGAUGAAGGGAGAUGAAUGGCAAGACCAUGGAUUGCAUACGCAACGUUGACUUGAUAACUUGAUAAACAACAAAAAACCUGGAAUGUACUUGUCCUGUGUCCAUGUUGUUCUGAAGAAGAAAACACGUCAUAAUAGUCCAUGUGAAUUGGAGAGUUCACUGUCCAUACAGCAAGAAAAUAGUGUAUGUUGGUUG